AUGCGCGUCCCCGCGUGCAAGAAGAAGACGAUCGAGCAGAUCUACCAGAAGAAGACGCAGCUGGAGCACAUACUGCUGCGGCCGGACACGUACAUAGGCAGCGUCGAGAAGCAGAGUCAGUCGCUGUGGGUGCACGACGGGCGCGCGAUGGUGCAAAAGACCGUGGGCGUGGUGCCCGGGCUUUUCAAGAUAUUCGACGAGAUUCUGGUGAACGCGGCGGACAACAAGGCGCGCGACCCCCGCAUGGACUGCGUGCGCGUGGCGGUGGACGUGGAGGACAACAGGAUUCAGGUGUGGAACAAUGGUGAAGGCAUCCCGGUGGAGGUGCACAAGGAAGAGGGGGUGUACGUCCCGGAGCUGAUCUUCGGACAUCUCCUGACCAGUUCCAACUACGAUGACAAGGAACUCAAGGUGGUUGGAGGCCGCAAUGGCUAUGGAGCCAAGCUUGCCAACAUCUUCUCGACAGAAUUCAUAAUCGAGACCUGUGAUGGCCAUCGUCGCAAGCACUACAGGCAGCGCUUCUCUGCCAACAUGAGUGCCAAAGAGGCGCCGAUCAUCAAGUCCUGCAAGGCCAGCGAGAAGUGGACGAGCGUCACCUUCCGCCCCGACUUGCAGAAGUUUGGGAUGGCUUGUUUAGAGGAGGAGACUGUUGCACUGAUGCGCAAGCGGGUGUAUGACAUCGCAGGGGUGUUGGGCAAGACGGUUAAGGUCUAUUUCAACGACGACAGGAUUCCUGUGAGGAGUUUUGAUGACUAUGUUGACAUGUUCCUGGGUCCCAAGGAUGAGGGCGCACCACGUGUCUCCCAGAAGAUAAACGACAGAUGGGAAGUGUGCAUCAGCACCUCAGAAGGGCAGUUUCAGCAGGUCAGCUUCGUGAAUGCGAUUUCCACAUCAAAAGGCGGGACCCAUGUCAACCAUGUUGUGGACCAGAUCACCAAGACCAUUACUGAAAAGGUAAAAAAGAAGAACAAGAACGCCAGUGUCAAGCCGUUUAUGGUGAAGAACCACCUUUGGGUGUUCGUCAAUUGUCUGAUAGAGAAUCCUGCAUUCGAUUCCCAGACUAAGGAGCUGAUGACCUCCAAGGUGUCGAGCUUUGGUUCCAAGUGUGAGCUACCAGGUCCCUUCAUUGACAAAGUGGCCAAGAGUGGUGUUCUGGACAGUGUCCUGUCAUAUGCAAACUACCGUGAGGCAAAGGAACUAAAGAAGACCGAUGGGAGCAAGCGCAGCAGAAUCACUGGGAUUCCCAAGCUGGAUGAUGCCAACGAUGCGGGCACCAGAAAUUCUGACCGCUGCACGCUAAUAUUGACGGAAGGAGACUCAGCCAAGACGCUGGCCAUCAGUGGUCUGAGUGUCGUUGGCAGGGACAGCUACGGGGUUUUUCCGCUCAGGGGCAAACUGCUGAAUGUGCGGGAUGCAAACAUGACGUCUGUGACCAACAAUGCUGAGAUUAGCAACAUAAAGAAGAUCCUUGGGCUGCAGCAUGGCAAGAAAUACCAUGAUACAAAUGGACUUCGUUAUGGACACCUGAUGAUAAUGACCGAUCAGGACCAUGAUGGCUCCCACAUCAAAGGUCUCAUCAUGAACUUCAUCCAUCAUUUCUACCCAUCGCUCUUGAGGAUGCCAGGUUUUCUCCAGGAGUUUAUAACACCCAUCAUUCAGGCGACAAAGGGCAGCCAGACCAUGACAUUCUACACCAUCCCUGAGUAUGAAACUUGGAAGGAGACCCUCGGGGGAUCAACCAAAGGCUGGAAGGUCAAAUACUACAAAGGUCUGGGAACCUCCACUUCCAAGCAAGCGAAGGAGUACUUUGCAGCCCUUGACGAGAACAGGAAGGACUUCUUGUGGACAGGGGAUGAAGAUGAUGCUGCGAUCGAAAUGGCAUUCUCUAAAAAGAAGGUUGAGGAGCGCAAGCAGUGGCUCCAGGGAUACCAACCUGGCACCUACCUGGAUCACAGCCAGCCUGAAAUCGGAUACAGUGACUUCAUUCACAAGGAGUUGAUUUUGUUUUCCCGUGCAGACCUGGAGCGCUCCAUACCUUCAAUGGUGGAUGGGCUGAAACCUGGCCAAAGGAAAAUCCUCUACUGCUGCUUCAAGAGAAACCUCCAGAACGACAUCAAGGUUGCCCAGCUGUCUGGCUACGUCUCCGAGCACUCAGCAUACCACCAUGGCGAGCAGAGUUUGCACAUGACCAUCAUCGGCCUUGCACAGGACUUUGUGGGUUCCAACAACAUCAACCUGCUGGUCCCAUCAGGCCAAUUCGGCACACGUCUGCAAGGUGGCAAAGACUCCGCCAGCCCAAGGUACAUCUUUACACGCAUGUCCAAGCUCACUCGGCACCUCUUCAAUGAGGACGAUGACAAGCUGCUGAAGUAUCAAAAUGAAGAGGGUCAAAUUAUCGAACCAGAGUGGUACAUGCCCAUCCUGCCCACUGUCCUGGUGAAUGGCGCAGAGGGUAUCGGAACGGGUUGGAGCACUUAUAUACCCAAUUACUCCCCCCGCGAAAUUGUGCAUAAUUUGAAGCUGCUGCUGCAGGGCCAGGCCCCUGUUCCAAUGAUUCCAUGGUACAAGGGAUUCAAGGGGAGCAUGGAAGAGACAGCAUCCAAAACCCUUGGGAAGACAUAUAUCAAUGGAGGGAUCAUCAGCGAGGUCGAUGAUACCACUCUGGAGAUAACUGAGCUGCCCAUCAGAAAGUGGACUCAAGACUACAAGGAGUUUCUUGAGGGUUUAACCAAACCUGCAGAAGGACACUCCUCUGCACUGCUAACUGACUACAAGGAGCACCACACUGACACCACUGUACACUUUCGCCUGUCCCUCACUGAGCAUAACCUGAGGCAGGCACAUGCUGAGGGACUGCACAACACAUUCAAACUGACCUCAAAGAUAUCUACUGGGAACAUGAUGCUUUUCGACCCCAGUGGGAAGAUCAAGCGCUAUGAGUCGCCUGAGCUCGUGCUCAUGGAGUUUUUUGAGAUGCGCAUCAAAUUCUAUGGCAACCGGCAGAAGUUCUUGCUCAAGAUGGCAGAUGCCGAUCUGCUACGCAUCAACAACAAGGUUCGUUUCAUCUUGGCUGUGGUUGAAGGCGAUUUGGUGAUCAACAAUAGAAAGAAGAAGGACAUCGAGACGUAUCUUGAUCAUCAUGGCUACGACAGAUUGCCCAAGUCGUCAAGGAAAGUGCGGCAUGCAGAAGAAUUAGAUGAAGGGGAGGAAGGGGAAGAUGGCCACACUGGCGAUGCCAACAAUUUCGACUACUUGCUGUCGAUGGCGAUUUCUAGCCUUACGAUGGAGAAGGUCGAGGCCCUGAAGGCAGAGGCACUGGAACAGGCAGCUCGUGUGAACAAAUUGAGGAACACCACUCCUGAGGAGAUGUGGAACGCGGACCUUGACAACUUUCUGGAGGCCCUAGAGGUGGUGGAGGCUGAAGAGCUUGCAGCACAGGAGCUCCUUGCACAGCAGCAAUGCAGAGCAGGAAACAAGGGCAGAAAAGUCCUGAAGAAGCCUCGUCCACUGGCGAAGCCUCGGCCCACAGCAAGUGCAGCAGCCACUUCAGUUGGAACAUCUGCCCUUGGAAGUCGAUACAAGCAACCCCCCAAUCUGCCAACAGCAUCUGCCGCAGAGAAGUCGAAAGCAAAGGCUCGUGUGACAACAGCCGCCGGCAAGAAAGCAGGGCCGACAACAGCCAGCAUCACCACAGCCCCUGUGAGCAUGUCCAUUGACAUCACGGAGGCCUCCAAAGGCAGGAAGGCCCAAAGGAGGACAAGCGAGGAGGACUACCAGCCCACUUUCAGCGAGCGGAUUCAGGGACGACUGCAGCAGAUGACUUUGGACACUGAGCAGCCCACAAGGGAGAGAACCGGCAGGGCCGCAUCGCAAGCGGCCAGCAGGAGAAUGGCAGCCACCAUCGAAAUAUCAGACGAAGAUGAGGAGAGUGAGGACAAAGAGGACGAGUUCCUGCCGAGCAGUGAAUCAGAUGGGGAGCCCGAAGUGCGGUCUCCAUUGCCACCCACGCUGCACUUCAGUGGGCGUAGCAUGCCAACAACGCAACCCUCCGUCGACGUGGAAAUGAUUGAUGUGGAGGAGACAAAGCAGAAGCUGCCUGCUUCAAAGCCUGGUCGCUCAAAGGAGACAAAGCAGAAGCUGCCUGUUUCAAAGCCUGGUGGUUCAAAGCCAAAAGUCAUGGCACCGGCACAGCCACCAGUGUCAACAAAUACGGCAGCUGACGGCGGCACAGUCCGCAAGCGAAAGCAAAAGGCAGCAGCCUCCACGCAUGGAGCCUCAGUGUCCAAAGGAACCACGAAUGGGAGUGCAGCAUCCCAAAGGGGGAAUGCGACAAAAGGCAAGCGGAAGACCAAAGUGGUUUUGGAGUCUGAGGAAGAGGACGACUCUCCUGAAGAGCAAGCUCACGACCUCUAUACUUUUGACUUAGUGUCUCCUGAACCAAAGGGCAAAGUUCGCAAGAUGCGGCCUUCCCCAUUCCACAAGAAGUCAGGCCUUCCCAAAGAUGUGCAGAACCUAGAUCCCGAUGUGUCGGCUAUUGGGGGCCCCUCCAGACCACGAAGGACCACAGCCAAAGUAACUUACAUCAUCUCAUCGGACAGCGAGAACGACUCUGCUUCAGCCGAAGACAAGGACUGCAGCUACAGUGACAGUGGCUGA